AUGACCGACUUCAGCGGCUUUGCCGCAGGCGGCAACGAUGAUUCCGCGCUCCCAAUAUUCGACGUGCAGAAAGUACAGAUGCGCUUCGACAUUUCGGCCGACUUCGUAGCUGCAGCAGUCGCGAACAAUGUGCUCGUCCUGGCACUCAGCACCGGGCGUAUUCUGCGAUUCGAUCUUGAUAACGCGGAGGACAUCGACGACAUCGACCUCCCCAAGCGGCCAGCGGAAGUAGGCGUAAUCAGAAGGCUGUUCUUAGAUCCCAGCGCAAGUCAUCUGAUUAUCAGUACGACGGGAGGGGAGAGCUUCUACCUGCACAUGCAAUCGCGCACACCAAAACAGCUUGGAAGACUACGAGGCGUAGUGGUGGAAUGUGUGGCCUGGAAUCCAGCAAGGCCGACUGCUAGCACUCGCGAGAUUCUGCUUGGAAGCAGCGAUGGGAAUGUCUACGAAAUGGCCAUCGAGCCUACCACCGAGUUUUAUCGUAGCACGGAAAAGUACUUGAGGAAUGUUUGGAAUGGCAAUGAUGGGGCAGUAUCGGGAAUAUGUGCAGAUAUUGUGUCAAGCAAGCCGGAGACACGAAGAGUCGUGGUUGCAACACAGCACAAACUUUGGCAUUUCGUUGGUAGAAUGGGCGGCAGACAUCAUGGCAAUGAGGUAUAUGCCAAAAUAUUCGAGGGUGAGGCACCGAAUGUGCAUGAGCUCGAGAGGGUGACUGCGACAUCUGGUGCGACCUUGGUGACCAGUCCAGACGUUCUUGAUGCACCGGCCGAAGAUGUAGAACGUGCAUUCGCAUGGCUGAACUCGCAGAACAUCUUCCAUGGGACCUUGCUCACCUCAAGCGCCGAUCUUGCCACGCUGGGGAAACAGGUGUUCAGAGAGUCCAAGACUUUUCCGCAGUCUAAGCUGCCGCCUGUUCAGGCAGCAAGUGGUCGAAACAGAGCGACGCAGCCUCCGAUAUCAUCCUUGCUAUUGACACAAUUCCACAUGGUUGCUCUUGUUGAAGGACGCCUUACCAGUAUCAAUCGCUUGGAUGACACUAUCGUCUAUAACGAGCAGAUACUGGAGUCCGGUCAGGCGAGCCUUGGGCUGUUCACAGACCACGUGAAGAACACAUAUUGGCUCUUCACCCCACAGGAGAUCUUUGAGAUUGUGGUGACCGACGAAGCGAGGAAUGUGUGGAAAAUCAUGCUUAAGGCAGGGCGAUAUGAAGCAGCGCAAAGAUACGCCAAGACUGCAGAGCAAAAGGACGCUGUUGCGGCAAUGACUGGCGACCAUCUGAUAUCUCAAGGUAAAUUCAUCGAAGCUGCAAUCAUUCUCGGCAAGAGCACGAAAGCCUUUGAGGAUGUAGCAUUGAGCUUCAUUGACAAGGGAGAGCAUGACGCACUACGCAAGUAUCUCACAGUCAAGCUGUCAACACUCAAGAAGAGUGCUCAGAUGCAGCGCAUCAUGCUAGCCUCAUGGAUGAUUGAGCUGUACAUGGCCAAGCUCAAUCAGCUCGAUGACACCAUUUCCAGUCGAGCGGAGCUGUCGAAAAAUGACACAGCCACCGAGACCCAGAAACAGCUACCUGCUGUAAGAAAAGAAUUCCAGGACUUUGUCGCCAAAUACAAAUCAGAUCUGGACCGGAGGGCUACGUACGAGAUCAUCAGUGCACAUGGUAGAGAGGAAGAACUGCUCUACUUCGCCAACGCGAUAGAAGAUGCAGAUUACGUCCUGUCAUACUGGGUUAAUCGUGAAAGAUGGCAGGAAGCGAUCACGGUACUCAAGAAGCAGACUGACCCCGAAAUGUUUUAUCGCUACAGCACUGUACUUAUGUCGCAGUCGACAAUAGCGACGGAGCUCAUCGAGGUUCUCAUGCGACAGACCGGCCUGGAUACCAAGAAGAUCAUUCCGGCACUUCUGAACUACAACAAGACUUUGGGUGAAGUCGUCCCGAUUCACAGCAACCAAGCCAUCAGGUAUUUGCAAUUUUGCAUCAACCACUUCCAUUCCACUGAGCCUGCAGUGCACAACACUCUCAUCUCCAUGUACGCAGCACAUCCGACGAAAGAGGAGACCCAGCUUCUCCAGUAUCUACAAACACAAUCGCAAAACCACGAGCAGUACUACGAUGCCGACUUUGCUCUUCGGCUCUGCAUUGCGCACAAGCGAGUCCAGUCCGCUGUGCACGUCUACGGUACCAUGGGCCAGUAUGCAUCUGCUAUCGACUUGGCGCUCAAGUAUGAUGAGGUUGAGCUUGCCGCCGAUGUUGCAGAUCGCCCGGGGAAUGAUGAUGUCUUGAAAAAGAAAUUGUGGCUCAAGGUUGCGAAGAAGGUCAUCGGACGUGAGAAGAGCAUUAAGGCCGCGAUCGAGUUCCUCAAGCGAUGCGAACCUCAUCUCAGAAUCGAAGAUCUCAUACCCUUCUUCCCGGACUUCGUCAUUAUUGACGAUUUCAAGGAAGAGAUAUGUGCAGCUUUGGAGGAUUACUCAAGACAGAUCGAUGAGCUGAAACGCGAGAUGGACGAGAGUGCCAAAACGAGCCAACACAUCAAAGACGACAUCAAAGCUCUGGACCAGAGAUACGCAAUCGUGGAGCCCGGAGAGCGAUGCUGGAAGUGUCGACUGCCUCUACUCAUGCGACAGUUUUUCGUCUUUCCAUGCCAGCACGCCUUCCAUGCAGAUUGUCUUGGGGAGAUGGUCAUGAACAUGGCCGGAAUGGGCAAAGGCAAGAGGAUCCGUGAGCUGCAAAGAGAGGUAGGGCGCGGUGUUUCGAUGGGUAAGAGGAGGGAAGGAAUGGUGAAAGAAUUGGAUGGUCUCGUUGCUGGUGCAUGUGUGCUCUGCAGCGAGGUGGCUGUGAAGCAAAUCGAGGAGCCAUUUAUCACCGCCGCGGACGACCCGAGGGAAUGGGCAAUAUGA